CUGGGUCGAGCAAAUUCAGUCAGCGACCAAUGGCCAAUCGUAAUAGUCCUAUUUAAACUGUGUCUCGGGAAAGACGUCCGUUCGUACUACUUUUAUAGCUGUCAAUGUGCGCACGUGAAUAAUUAGCGCCCUGUUUUCGACCCGGCUGUUUGCGUCCACUACCACAAUGGCUGCACAACUGGGAGGGCUUAGAAUCGGCGCCAGCGUCGACAUUCAACGAACCGACGGGCGCAUUCACUCGGCCACAGUGGUCAGCAUGGACCAGGACAAGCAGGUCAUAGUGGCGGAGUGGUACGAGAAGGGGGAGACCAAGGGCAAGGAGCUCGAGUUCAGCACAGUCUUUGCGCUGAACCCGGGACUCCAGGACGUGAACCGGAAUUCCGUGAAAAAGGCAAUGCAUGACCUACGUGAACUGCCAAGCCGCCUCCCAAGGCAUACGCAAGUGCCCCUGGCGUCGGCAAAGUCUGGUACAAUCCAGGACCGGCGAAGCCUCGCUAGGCCGGCACUGCACCAGCAGAACGGUCACGACCGCGCCAUGGGGCCCCCACCCGCACCACUUCCCACAACCAAAUCUAGCAACAUAAUUUCCACAUUGGCAGAGAAAGACGUGCCGAUGAACUCGGUCACUACAAGGCAGUCCCAACAGCAGCAACCUCCGCGGGCACUGGUCGCGCCCAGCGGCAGCGCGUCCGACCUCAGCGCUGCCAACCGGCGGCGCACCAAUGUGGUCAAAGAAGUGGACCGAAUCAAGAAACAGCGUGAGGAGCGGAGGGCGCGGCAGCUCAGCCAGAUUGAGGAGAAGCGGGAGCGAAUGAACGUCGACCCGGGAAAUCCCAACUGGGAGUUUCUUUCCAUGAUCAGAGAGUACAGGUCGACACUGGACUUCAGGCCUCUAUCCAUGAGUGAUCCAUCUGAAGUGCACCAGAUUUGUGUGGCUGUGCGCAAGAGGCCGUUAAAUAAAAAAGAGGUAAAUCGAAAGGAAGUGGACGUCAUCACUGUGCCCAACAGGGAUCUCAUCGUAGUCCACGAACCAAAGCUGAAGGUCGACCUCACGAAGUUCCUGGAAAAUUCGACGUUUCGUUUCGAUUACGCCUUUGAUGAGACGGCGAACAAUGAGCUUGUGUACAAGUACACCGCACGGCCCCUUGUACAGACCAUAUUUGACGGAGGCAUGGCGACUUGCUUCGCCUACGGACAGACGGGCAGCGGCAAAACACAUACUAUGGGCGGAGAUUUCUCCGGGAAGACGCAAGAUUGCUCGAAAGGCAUCUAUGCGCUAGCAACCAAGGACGUGUUUAAGCUGCUGAAGUCUCUCAAGUAUAAGAAUGAAGAUUUGGUGGUCUCGUCAAGCUUCUUUGAAAUAUACAGCGGGAAGGUGUUUGACUUGCUCAACGCCAAGGCAAAGCUUCGUGUGCUGGAAGACGGCAGGCAGCAGGUGCAGGUCGUUGGCCUUGUGGAGAGGGAAGUGGACUCCGUUGAAGAGGUCCUCAAGCUUAUUCAGCAUGGGAACAGUGUCAGAACAUCGGGGCAGACAUCAGCCAACCAGAACUCUUCACGAUCUCAUGCAGUGUUCCAGAUCAUCCUGAGGCAACGGAAGUCCAGCCGCCUGCAUGGCAAGUUCUCCCUCAUUGACCUGGCCGGGAACGAGCGGGGUGCGGACACGUCGAGCGCCAACCGACAGACGAGGAUGGAAGGCGCAGAGAUCAACAAGAGCCUGCUUGCCCUCAAGGAAUGCAUCAGGGCAUUGGGUCGUCGUGGUGCCCACCUUCCGUUCCGGGCCAGCAAGCUGACACAGGUCCUCAGGGAUUCCUUCAUUGGCGAGAACUCUCGGACCUGCAUGAUUGCAAUGAUCUCUCCAGGCCUGAGUUCUUGCGAGCACUCCCUCAACACACUGCGCUAUGCAGACAGAGUGAAGGAGCUCGGUGUUGAGGACAGCCCAGAGCUGAAGCCUGCAUCGAAUGAGGACGAGGAGAUGGCUCCAGAAAGUGAAGAGGACGACAACCUCGCUCUUCUGAGGGCCUCCGAUGAUGUCGAGAUGUCCGGUGACAUGUACACAUUCCACGAAGCAAUCUCCCACCUACAAGAGAUGGAAGAAGAAAUUCUGGAUCUCCACAAAACCGUCGUUGAGGCCAGCCAACAAUGGGUGCACCAGGACAUGGACCUCCUCACCAUGACCAAUGAAGUAGACUACGACCUUGACCUGUACGUGCAAAAGCUCAAGGAUCUACUCGCCGAGAAAAUGGAGGUCCUCUCAAAAUUCAACGAAAAGGUCACUGGCUUCCAGCAACACUUGGCAGAGGAGGAAAAAAUGAGCAUGAACAUCAAGCGUCCUGUGAAAUGAAUCUUGCUCCCGUCUCUCCUCGCCAGCUUUCUCUUUUUUUUUUUUAUUGACAAACAAUGUUGUAAUAUAAUUGUACACAUAUUUUAAUUGA